GAAUCCUCCCCCAUUGGGGGGGACCAGACAGCUCGCUAGAUAUCUUCCCAUCUCCUUUGCUCCCGCCCUGAUCUCAAGAACCGAGGAUCUCUUCCCUAACGCCUUUCACCAUUAAGAGGAAAGCGAUGGAGGAGCUGAGCGCUGACGAGAUUCGCCGGAGGCGCCUGGCACGACUUGCUGGUGGACAGACCUCCCAACCGAGCACCCCGCUUACGUCUCCCCAGAGGGAAAACCCUCCGGGACCUCCAAUACCUGCAUCAGCCCCAGGCCCUUCCCAGAGUCUUGGUCUCAAUGUCCACAACAUGACCCCAGCUACCUCCCCCAUAGGUGCAGCAGGAGUUGCCCAUCGGAGCCAGAGCAGCGAAGGAGUCAGCUCUCUAAGCAGCUCACCGUCCAACAGCCUUGAGACACAGUCUCAGUCCCUCUCCCGUUCCCAGAGCAUGGAUAUCGACGGCGUCUCCUGUGAGAAAAGCAUGUCCCAGGUGGAUGUGGAUUCGGGAAUUGAAAACAUGGAAGUGGAUGAGAAUGACCGACGGGAGAAAAGGAGCCUGAGCGAAAAGGAGCCUUCUUCAGGUCCUGAAGUGUCCGAAGAGCAGGCCUUACAGCUGGUCUGUAAGAUCUUUCGCGUCUCCUGGAAGGACCGGGACAGAGAUGUCAUCUUCCUUUCUUCUCUUUCUGCGCAGUUUAAACAGAACCCAAAAGAAGUGUUCUCUGAUUUUAAGGAUCUGAUUGGCCAGAUUUUAAUGGAAGUGCUGAUGAUGUCCACUCAGACACGAGAUGAAAAUCCGUUUGCCAGUCUGACAGCCACAUCUCAGCCUAUUGCCACGGCAGCUCGGUCACCUGACAGAAAUCUCAUGCUGAACACUGGCUCCAAUCCAGGAACAAGCCCCAUGUUCUGCAGCCUGGGCUCCUUCGGCGCCAGCUCGUUGUCUAGCCUCUAUGAAACUAGCCCUGCUCCUGCUGCCAGUUUCUGGAGCUUUGCACCAGGGCUGAGUCCAUCCUUGGCCUCACCUUCCCGUGCAGCCCCCCAGGUUGCUGUGCCUCCUGCAUCCCUCAGUCCUCACAGUGCAGCUUCUGGAACUGUGGCUGGAAGCCAAGCCUCAUCCCCAAGGUAUCGACCCUACACUCUCAUGCACCCAUGGGGGUCUUCACCUUCCCCCACCCCACGACCCUCCAUUCAGGCUAACUCCCCAGGCUUCCCUGCCCGCCCAAGUAGUCCCCGAGCAGUACCUGUCAGCUCCUCCAGACAGAGACCCCGCAGCAGGGGCCCCGCCUUCCCACCCGGCUCGCCCAGUGCUGCCAGCAGACGUCCCUCCUCCCUGCGGACCUCUCCUAGUUUGGGAGCCUCUGGUGGAGCAAGUAACUGGGAUUCGUACAGUGAUCAUUUCACCAUUGAGACCUGCAAGGAGACAGACAUGCUGAACUACCUCAUCGAGUGUUUUGACCGAGUUGGAAUAGAGGAAAAAAAAGCACCAAAGAUGUGCAGCCAGCCAGCAGUCAGCCAGCUUCUGAGCAACAUCCGCUCGCAGUGCAUCUCCCACACCGCGCUAGUGCUGCAAGGUUCCCUCACACAGCCCAGGUCCUUGCAGCAGCCGUCCUUCCUCGUGCCAUACAUGCUGUGCAGGAACCUCCCGUACGGCUUCAUUCAGGAGCUGGUGAGGACCACUCACCAGGAUGAAGAGGUGUUCAAGCAGAUCUUUAUCCCUGUUUUACAAGGCCUGGCUCUGGCUGCCAAGGAGUGCUCUCUCGACAGUGACUACUUCAAAUACCCCCUCAUGGCACUAGGUGAACUCUGUGAAACCAAGUUUGGGAAGACACACCCUGUAUGCAGUUUGGUCGCCUCUUUGCCCCUGUGGUUGCCGAAGUCUUUAAGCCCUGGUUCUGGGCGGGAGCUGCAGAGACUCUCCUACUUAGGGGCCUUCUUUAGCUUCUCGGUCUUUGCGGAGGACGAUGCAAAGGUGGUUGAGAAAUACUUCUCAGGGCCCACCAUUACCCUGGAGAACACCCGUGUCGUCAGCCAGUCACUACAGCAUUACCUGGAGCUGGGACGGCAAGAGCUUUUCAAGAUUCUGCAUAGUGUAUUGUUAAAUGGCGAAACUCGUGAAGCAGCUCUCAGUUACAUGGCGGCCAUCGUCAAUGCCAAUAUGAAGAAAGCCCAGAUGCAGGCAGAUGAUCGGUUGGUGUCCACAGACGGCUUUAUGCUGAACCUCCUUUGGGUCCUGCAGCAGCUAAGUACAAAGAUCAAGUUAGAAACAGUCGACCCCACGUACAUAUUCCACCCGAAAUGUCGGAUUAAUCUCCCGAACGAUGAGACACGGAUAAAUGCAACGAUGGAGGAUGUGAAUGAGUGGCUGGCUGAGCUCUAUGGAGAUCAGCCUCCAUUUUCUGAGCCAAAAUUCCCUACGGAAUGUUUCUUUCUCACCCUGCACGCUCACCACCUCUCUAUUCUGCCUAGUUGUCGUCGCUACAUCCGCAGACUACGAGCUAUCCGAGAGCUCAACAGAACUGUGGAAGAUUUGAAAAGUAACGAAAGCCAGUGGAAAGAUUCCCCACUGGCCCCCAGACACCGAGAAAUGCUGAAGCGCUGUAAAACUCAGCUUAAGAAACUGGUACGGUGCAAGGCCUGUGCUGACGCUGGCUUACUUGACGAGAGCUUCCUGAGAAGAUGUCUGAAUUUUUAUGGCCUUCUCAUUCAGCUGAUGCUGCGCAUCCUGGACCCUGCAUAUCCCGACGUAACACUGCCUUUAAGUUCAGAUGUCCCCAAGGCGUUUGCAGCAUUGCCUGAGUUUUAUAUAGAGGAUGUUGCUGAAUUUUUAUUUUUUAUUGUACAAUACUCGCCCCAGGUGCUGUAUGAGCCCUGUACUCAGGACAUUGUGAUGUUCCUCGUCGUCAUGCUGUGCAACCAGAACUACAUCCGCAACCCAUACCUAGUGGCCAAACUGGUGGAGGUCAUGUUUAUGACCAACCCCUCUGUCCAGCCUCGAACUCAGAAGUUUUUUGAGAUGAUUGAAAACCAUCCUCUCUCUACCAAAUUGCUGGUACCUUCCCUCAUGAAAUUUUAUACAGAUGUCGAGCAUACCGGAGCCACCAGCGAGUUCUAUGACAAGUUCACCAUUCGCUAUCACAUUAGCACUAUUUUUAAGAGCCUUUGGCAAAACAUAGCUCACCAUGGCACCUUCAUGGAGGAGUUCAAUUCUGGAAAGCAGUUCGUCCGCUACAUCAAUAUGCUGAUAAACGACACGACCUUUCUGCUGGACGAGAGUCUGGAGUCGCUGAAGCGGAUCCAUGAAGUGCAAGAGGAGAUGAAGAACAAGGAGCAGUGGGACCAGCUGCCCCGGGAUCAGCAGCAGGCCCGGCAAUCUCAGCUUUCUCAGGAUGAGCGCGUUUCACGAUCUUAUCUCGCGCUGGCGACUGAAACCGUGGACAUGUUCCAUCUCCUCACUAAGCAAGUCCAGAAGCCGUUCCUCAGACCAGAACUUGGACCCCGAUUAGCAGCCAUGCUGAACUUUAACCUCCAGCAGCUGUGUGGCCCCAAGUGCCGGGACCUGAAAGUUGAAAACCCGGAGAAGUACGGUUUUGAGCCAAAGAAGCUGUUGGACCAACUGACGGAUAUUUACUUGCAGCUGGACUGUGCUCGCUUUGCUAAAGCCAUUGCUGAUGACCAGCGAUCCUACAGCAAAGAGCUGUUUGAAGAAGUCAUUUCAAAGAUGCGGAAGGCAGGAAUCAAAUCCACCAUUGCAAUAGAGAAGUUUAAGCUUCUUGCUGAGAAAGUGGAGGAAAUAGUGGCCAAGAAUGCACGGGCAGAAAUUGACUACAGCGACGCGCCGGAUGAGUUUAGAGACCCUCUGAUGGACACCCUGAUGACCGACCCUGUGAGACUGCCCUCGGGCACCAUAAUGGACCGCUCCAUCAUCCUGCGGCAUCUUCUGAACUCCCCCACUGACCCCUUCAACCGCCAGAUGCUGACUGAGAGCAUGCUGGAACCAGUGCCAGAGCUGAAGGAGCAGAUUCAAGCCUGGAUGAGAGAGAAGCAGAGCAGUGACCACUAAGCCGUCCCUGUCGCACUUCUCUGCUGGAAACAGCCACGCCAGCCAGCCAGGCCGAAGCAGCAUCCACCUCAAAGCCGCUGCUCAACCCUGCCGCCAGAUGUGGCCAGAUCCUGAGAGCCCACCCCGAGUGACCAAACAGUAGAGAGCUGAGAGACAUGAUGAGAAGAGGAGCCCGAUUCCUGUACAUAUAUUUAAGUGACAAACUGUCAAAAGCUUGGGGGACGAGUUUUACGAUUGCCUGUGUAGUAAAGCGCGUCCCUCGCCUGUCACACCUGGGGCUGUGGCGACGGAAGUCUUUAGUGAUGGCAGCGGGUCUGGGCAGCAUCCCCCUGAGCUUUCGUUCUGUUUUGUUUUUUCGAUGUGACUAGAGAACUCGGACAUUUUGCUGCUAAAGAAUCUCCCCCUUCCUCACCCUCCUUGCGCUGUAGGUUUUUUAAAGAGAAACAAAACCAGACUCCUUUCCCGACCUCCAAACACGUAUUCUGUGAGAUACCUGUGCCUGCGACAAAGUGUUAAUCUUGGGAUCGUAUUUUUAUAUCAUAUUCACAUACUUGUUUUUUUAAUUGGUGUUAGAUGACAUGAUUAAUAAAAAAGGCAAGAUAUUUUCAGAAUUUGAAUUUCAGUUUUUUUUCCCUUUUGAAAUAGCCCUUUUUUUUUUUUUUUUUUUUUUU